AACCACUCCAAAUCGCGUCUCUUUCCCCCGCUUUAAGUACCCCCCCCUAAAAUUAGAGAAAUGUUCGAACAAACGAAACACCCCCCCGACAAGUCCACCAAUUGCAUAAACUCAAAAAAGGAAAAAGCAAAAAAAUUAUUCCUGCAAGCAUUAAACCAUGAGCGUGAUGAAAAUUAUUUAAAGGCAACAAAAUUUUAUCAACAAGCUGUUAAGCUAUAUCCAAAUGUUCUAAAAAUAUAUAUCGAUGACAACGGGGAGAGCAGUGAUAAAAAUAAACCCAUAGAAGAAACCACACAGAGAGAGCAGAAUAUCUACUUGAUUAAUAUAUUAACAGAAAAUUUUUUUGGCAUUACAAAGUUCCUGGAUUUUUACUCCCUCCAUAGGUUCCUCUUUUCCUGCAAAGGCAUACACUCCCAGGUGUCGGUUGAAAGCGAAUAUAAGCGGCUUUGCAACAGGAACUUCCAAAACUGUGAGGAGAAGAGCAGGGCGUACGGGAAUUCCUUCAAAAGAUUGCUGCUGGAGUACCCCCGCAUCCGGCACGACGGCGUCUACAUCAGCUGCGUCACGUACAUAAGAUCGAUGGCGCGGUUCGAUGCCGCGGUUCGAUGCCGCGGUUCAAUGCCUCCGUUCGAUGCCGCUGUUCAAUGCCGCCGCUGUGCACCACUCAGAGUGAUCGCCUUUCCCCCAACGACAGCACUGAAGGACAUCGGGAAUAUACACCUAGACCCGAAGGACAGAGAUCGAGUCAUUUACAACCCAUGUGUAGUGACCUACUUCCGCUAUCUUCUUUUCAUCAACGAAUCGAACAAGGUGCUGGUGAUGCGAUCCGAGGUAAACAAAAAGGAAGUUCUAGAAGCCCUAAAAAUAUCAUACAAUAAAAUACGAUGUUGGGAUUUGUCUGUCCCAAGUCAUGACUUAAUAAAGAAUUUGAAAAAAUUUCAUGGAGAGACUGAAAAUGGUUUGGUUAAAAUGGUCAGGAUAGGUGAAUAUACAUUCAAAAAAAAUGAAAAGAUUAUUGAAAUAAGUUACCCGGAGUCUCUCACUGAACCUUUCAAGUAUAAGAAUAUCAUUCAGCUGCGUUUAAAAAAUUAUUUGAGUGCCAGCAACAAUAUGCUAAAAUGGAUGUCUUUUAAAAUUUUAUCUAAGCUGAAGCUCAGCUCUUCGGAGGACACGCUCAACAUCAACAACCGGCAGUACAGGUGGGAGUGCACGUCAGUGAGUGUAAGCGAACGUGAGCGAGUUUGCGGGAACGUCAUUAAGUUUGCGCAAACGUG